AUGACACACGAACAGAUGCUCGCCCGUAACAACGGCCAGCCGGCAGCUCGUUGUCGGCCGGCAGACGUUUGUCGUCCUCGUCCUUGCCCUCGCCGUGGUCAUCAUAGAUCUGGAGUCUGCGUGAUGUUCGAAAACAGCCGAAGCGGUUGUAAGCAUCAGUUGCCAGCUUUACAGAUGCCGCAACGUGCGCCGUUCUCCGUCGAGCCUCACUCGCCCUCUGUUUCCUCCCUACGACCGGAAAAAGUUUCCUCCACAAUGAACACGGACGACGGCGACGACGGCAACGAUGACCAAAAUCUCACCCGACUUACUUCCUACCUCAGGAAGUCAAGAAUUGCCGUUGUGAACAACUAUUCACUUGCCGUCGAUCGCUCUUCGACUGACGUUGACCCUUGCUUUUCCCGAGACCUUGCGAAUGUCAACAAGGAUUUGGAAUCAAGGCGCCAAACACACGCAAAGCCGACGACGUCUAAAGGCGCUGAGGAUUAUGAAAGACUCCGAUGUCCCAGCCGAAGUACUGAGGAUGUGGCGCGGCAUGAGCGGAGACGUCACCACCGCCUAGACUUUCCUGGCGUUUGCUUCUCGGCCUCUCUGUUCCAGUCGAGCGCCAUGAUGAAGUACUGCAUCAUCGGCAACGAGCUGCACAACAUUGCCAACGUCCACAUGAAGCGGGUAAGGUUCCAUGGACAUCGGCGUUUGUCUUGUUACUCGUUAUGA